AUGGGAGAAGAAGAAAAGAUUUUGAAGAAAAAAUUUUAUGAAAAUUCGAUUUUGGGGAGUUUUAGCCUCAGGAUAUCAGAAUCUCCGAAUCUCAGAAUCUCAGAAUCUCAGAAUCUUAGAAUCUUAGAUUCUCAGAAUCUCAGAAUCUCAGAAUCUCAGAAUCUUAGAUUCUCAGAAUCUCAGAAUCCCAGAAUCUCAGAAUCUCAGAAUCUCAGAAUCUCAGAAUCUCAGAAUCCCAGAAUCUCAGAAUCUCAGAAUCUCAGAAUCUCAGAAUCUCAGAAUCUCAGAAUGAAUUCCAGAAUCUCUCAAUUUCUGAAUCUCAGAAUCUCAGAAUCUCAGAAUCUUAGAAUCUCAGAAUUUCAGAAUCUUAGAAUCUCAGAAUCUCCGAAUCUCAGAAUCUCAGAAUCUCGGAACUUCAGAUACUCAGAAACAGGUCACCCGGAUCCAGGUCACCCGGAUCCAGGUCACCCGGAUCCAGGUCACCGGAAUCGAGGCCCCCCGGUCCAG